UCCAAUUGACUGAUAUACCCUUCUAGAGGAUUUCAUUCUCAGGUCAGGUGAAUUUAAAACUCCAUUUGAAAACAAGAAAAUGGGAUAACAUGUAAUCCCACAUUUAAAGGAACUUAUCCAUCACAUAUUUCAGUUUCUUGAUCAUUUCUUCAAGCCAUAAGCAUCAAUGGCGAAUUUGCACCUAUACUUCACUUAAAGAAAAUAUGAUUGAAGAAAAUCCUGACACUUGCAAUAGAAACUCAAAUUCCUAUUUGUUUAGCAUCACCAUUUCUCAACCCAAGAUUAGAAUCAAGAUUCCAAAACUGCUGGCCAAGACCAUGCAAAAAAGAAGUAAUGGUGCCAGUAAUAUUGAUCAUGUCAAAGAAAAGAAAAAAAAGUGGGGUAAGUUUGGCUCCAUCUUCUCUAGCAUCUUCAACACCAAAAAAUCACCAAAGGUUCAGAGAAACGAUGACGACAAUAUUAGUACUGAUCAUCAAACAGGUCCAUCAGAGGCAAAAAUCCUGAAAAGGGUAGAUCAGUAUUUUGCUGUUCUUGAUGAUCAUGACUCUUCAUCAUCUACUUCAUAUUCAUUCAACAGACUCUUGCAGAUUGAAGAUGAAGAAGAGGAGAAAAGAUCAAACAAGGAAAAGAAAGGAAAGAGUAACAAGCAGCCAAACAAGGCAGAGAAGCAUCUGAAAGUUUCACCAUCCCUUUCGAGAUUGUUUCGCAAGAGUACAAGCUGCAAUAACUUCAUCAAAAGCAAAAACCAUAACAUUAGUCCGACAAAUGUUGGGAAAAUUGCAGAAGCAGUGGUUGGAGGACAGGCAAGUAGAGUAGCAUUCAAUAGAAGCACCAGUGAUACAAUGAACCUGCAACAAGCUCCAUCAAGGAUAUCGACAACUCACCGGAAGUUGAAGAUGGCUCAGUCAAGUAGUAAUCAAGAAACAUCAGAAAGGGAAGAUAGAGGUGGGGAGCAGCAGGAGCUUUGCAAGAAGAGGAUCCUAAUGGGGGAGAAGUGCAGGCCACUGAGUUAUUCUGGCACCCUUCAAUAUGAUAAAGAUGGGACUUUGUUACCAGAUGCCAUUCCAUGAUACAGAAGGCGUAGUGUUUGUGUAGGCUUUAUGCGUUUCAUCUGAUUAACAUUUUCAUUUCAAUUUCAAUACUUUGUAGACACCAAAUGCAAUAAAAAGGAAUCACAAUCACAAUUGAGCUUA